AUGGAACAUAGGGAGGUGGUCCUUCUACUUCUUUUAUUUCUGAAAUCAGGUCUCGGAGACCCCCUGGAUGACUACGUAAAUACCCGCGGAGCUUCCCUGUUUAGUCUGACUCGGAAGCAUCUGGUGACAGGAAGCAUAGACGAAUGUGCAACACAGUGUGAGGAGGAAAGAGACUUCAUUUGCAGGGCAUUCCAGUAUCACAGUAAAGAGCAACAAUGUGUGAUAAUGGCUGAAAACAGCAAGCUUUCCCCAGUCCUUAGGAUGAGGGAUGUCGUUUUAUUUGAGAAGAGAAUGUAUCUUUCAGAGUGCAAGACUGGAAAUGGGAAGAACUACAGGGGGACCAUGGCCAAAACAAAGAAUGGGGUCACCUGUCAAAAAUGGAGCGACAGUUCUCCACACACACCCAACUAUUCACCUGAAAAAUGUCCUUUCGCGGGAUUGGAGGAGAACUACUGCAGGAACCCAGACAACGAUAAGAAGGGACCUUGGUGUUACACCACAGAUCCAGGCACGAGAUAUGACUUCUGCGACAUUCCUGAAUGUGAAGAUGAAUGUAUGCAUUGCAGUGGAGAAAAUUAUGAGGGCAAAAUUUCCAAGACCAUGUCUGGACUUGAUUGCCAGGCGUGGGACUCUCAGAGCCCACAUGCUCAUGGAUACAUUCCUGCCAAAUUUCCAAACAAGAAUCUGAAGAUGAAUUACUGUCGUAACCCUGACGGGGAGCCCCGCCCAUGGUGUUUCACCACCGACCCCAACAAACGCUGGGAAUUCUGUGACAUCCCGAGAUGUGCAGCACCGCCACCACCUUCUGGACCAACAUAUCAGUGUCUGAAGGGAAGAGGCGAAAACUAUCGAGGGACAGUGUCUGUCACCGUAUCUGGGCACACGUGUCAACGCUGGAGUGAGCAGACACCCCACAGGCACAACAGGACCCCAGAAAACUUUCCCUGCAGAAAUUUGGAAGAAAACUAUUGUCGUAACCCUAAUGGAGAAACAGGUCCAUGGUGCUAUACAACCAACAGUGAAGUGAGAUGGGAAUACUGCAUGAUACCGUCCUGUGAGUCCUCUGCUUUAUCCGCGGAACAUUUGGAUUCCCCAGCUUCUGUACCACCUGAACAAACUCCUGUAGCCCAGGACUGCUACCAGGGUAACGGGCAGAGUUAUCGAGGGACAUCAUCCACCACUAUCACAGGAAGGAAAUGUCAAUCUUGGUCAUCGAUGUUUCCACACCGGCACCAGAAGACCCCAGAAAACUACCCAAAUGCUGGCUUGACAAUGAACUACUGCAGAAAUCCAGAUGCUGACAAAAGCCCUUGGUGUUAUACCACUGAUCCGAGCGUCAGAUGGGAGUUCUGUAACCUGAAGAAAUGCUCAGAAACACAAGAGCAGGUCACAAAAUAUCCGACUGUUGCGCAGGUUCCAAGUAUAGAGGAUCCUUCUGAAGCAGACUGCAUGUUCGGGAUUGGUAAAGCAUACCGGGGCAAGAAGGCGACCUCGGUGGCCGGUGUCCCCUGCCAGGCGUGGGCCGCCCAGGAACCCCACAAACACAGCAUUUUCACUCCAGAGACAAACCCACGGGCAGGUUUGGAAAAAAACUACUGCCGUAACCCCGACGGAGAUGUCAACGGUCCCUGGUGCUACACGACAAAUCCAAGGAAACUGUUUGACUACUGUGAUGUCCCUCAGUGUGCUUCCUCUUCGUUUGAUUGUGGAAAGCCCCAGGUGGAGCCGAAGAAGUGUCCCGGAAGGGUUGUAGGUGGCUGCGUGGCCAUCCCACACUCCUGGCCCUGGCAAGUCAGCCUUCGAAAAAGAUUUCCUACUAGAAGCCACUUCUGUGGAGGCACUUUAAUAUCCCCAGACUGGGUGCUGACUGCCGCCCACUGCCUGGACAGCUUCUCAGGGCCGGCGUCAUACAGGGUCAUCCUGGGCGCACACCGAGAGACCGCCGUCGAAGACAGUGUCCAGGACAUCCAAGUGGCCAAGCUGUUCCUGGAGCCCAAUCGAGCAGACAUCGCCUUGCUCAAGCUGAGCAGCCCUGCCAUCAUCACCAAAAAGGUGAUCCCAGCUUGUCUGCCAUCCCCGAAUUAUGUGGUUGCGGACCGGACAGUAUGUUACAUCACUGGCUGGGGAGAAACCCAAGGCACUUUCGGUGCUGGCUUGCUCAAGGAAGCCCGGCUGCCUGUGAUUGAAAACAAGGUGUGCAAUCGCUUUGAGUAUCUGAAUGGGAGAGUCAAACCCACAGAGCUGUGUGCGGGGCAUCUGGCUGGAGGUGCUGACAGUUGCCAGGGUGACAGUGGAGGACCCCUGGUUUGCUUUGAGAAGGACAAAUACAUUUUACAAGGAGUCACUUCAUGGGGUCUGGGCUGUGCACGCCCCAAUAAGCCUGGUGUGUAUGUUCGUGUUUCAAAGUUUGUUACUUGGAUUGAAGAAAUAAUGAGAAAGAAUUAAUCAGACGGGAGACAGAGUGAAACAUCAACGGAUCUGAAGCUGGAACACGGGUAGGGAAUUCAGCAAGCUCAGAAAUAAUUGACAGUAAUCAAACUAAGUUGGACACUGUACUUAGCUACCAGCUA